GCUGCCAUCUUUCCCCGCCCCCGAGUGCCGCCAUAUUGGGUGCCGCGGCGUUCCGCACUACGGCUGCCAGCGAGCGCUCCGCGGUGCGCGCUGCGGUUCGGUCCCCCGUCGCGGCCGGUUGGCGGCGGGGAAGCCAUGUUCUACAGCAGCUCGCAGCGGCGGUACUGGACCUUCCGAAGCGAGGAGGAUCUGGCGCGGAGCCGGGCCGAUGCCAACCGAAAAUUUCGCAGCAAAGCGGUUGCCGGCGGGAAGGUGCAGCAGGGUGACUUAUUCUUGCUGGAGGCCCACGAGGAGCUGGCGAUAUGCAAGUACUACGAGAAGAGGCUGCUGGAUUUCUGUGCCGUCUUCAAGCCAGCCAUGCCACGGUCUGUGGUGGGAACAGCUUGCAUAUAUUUCAAACGUUUUUAUCUCAGUAACUCAGUGAUGGAGUAUCAUCCUCGGAUAAUAAUGCUAACAUGUGCAUUUUUAGCCUGUAAAGUAGAUGAGUUUAAUGUGUCCAGCUCUCAGUUUGUUGGUAACCUUCGAGAAAGCCCCCUUGGGCAAGAAAAAGCUCUUGAACAGAUACUGGAAUAUGAACUACUGCUUAUUCAGCAGUUGAACUUCCAUCUUAUUGUGCACAAUCCAUACAGGCCAUUUGAGGGAAUUCUAAUUGAUUUGAAGACUCGGUAUCCAUUGCUGGAAAACCCUGAAGUUUUAAGGAAAACAGCUGAUGACUUCCUCAAUCGAGUGGCUCUGACAGAUGCAUAUCUGCUCUUCACUCCCUCACAGAUAGCUCUUGCUGCUAUAGUAUCUAGUGCUUCAAGAGCAGGAAUUAAUAUAGAAAGUUAUUUAUCAGAGUGUUUUAUGCUGAAAGAAAACAGGGCAUUCUUGACCAAAAUACUGGAGGGCAUGAAAAGCAUGAAAAAUCUUAUAAAGAAGUACGAACUGCCAAGACCUGAAGAGGUUGCAGCUCUAAAACAGAAGUUAGAGAAGUGUCACAGCCUGGAGCUUUCACUUAGCACUAACAUGAAGAAGAGGAAAAUUGGUGAAGAUGAUGAAUAUAACUCAAAAAAGCCUAAAAUGGAUGAGGAAGAAUGGACUGAUGAAGACCUUGGGGACUUGUGAAGCCUAUUCCUUUGCUUACUGUUCUGUGGCACAUGUGAACCUGCUUAUUGAAGGUUCUGUAGACUGAAGCAGGAGGUAUUUUUUUACAUCGCUUUUUAAUUUCUUUGCAAUAAAAACUUUUAUUUUAAAUUUUA